AUGUGGCUGGCGACUCAGACUAGGCCAGACAUUGCGAAUGCAGUGAGGGCAAUAGCUAAGUAUUGCGCAUCUCCGAAGCUGGUACACUGGAAUGCAGCGAUGGAUAUUUUAGGGUAUGCGAGGAGGACGAGUCACUUUGGUAUUUCGUUCCAGAGAGAUACGGUGGAGGGAUUCAGCUUGCAGGGGUACGCUGAUGCCGACUUUGCAAGCAAGGCAGCAGACCGUAGGUCGGUAUCAGGGGGGAUCGUGACGUGUGGAGGAGGCGCUGUGUCUUGGUUUUCCAUAACGCAGAAGUGUGUCACGCUUUCGACCACAGAAGCAGAGUACGUCGCCCUAGGUGACGUAGUGAAGGAGAUUUUGUUUUUGAGGCAGAUUUGGCGUUUCAUGUUGCCGCAGGUCGGCAUGCCGUGCAUCCCCAUCUUCGAGGACAACCAGGGGGCGAUUCAAUUAGCGCAGAACCCCAUCUCAAACUCGAACUCGAAGCACAUAGAAGUAAGGCACCAUUUUCUCAGGGAACUGGUAGAGAGGAAGGAAAUUUCGGUCAUCCACGUGCCGUCGCCGUGCCAGCCUGCAGACUUUCCUACGAAGAGUUUGUCGAAGGAUGCUUUCGAAUCUCACCGUGAUUUUGUGAUGAAUUUGGCAUGA